AAUGUCUGGUCUUCCGCCGCCUCCUCCGCCAGGCUGGGGUCCGCCGCCACCGCCCGGUGCUCCUCCUCCUCCCCCCCGCCUGGCGACUUCUUGCCACCGCCGCCAUCAGGCUAUCGACCAUCUGGCAACCCUCAGUCUGCCAAAUUUGCACAGAAGAAGAAGGAAUGGCUUCGAUCUCAACGCAAUCGCUUCGGCGAGAAGCGGAAAGGUGGCUUCAAGGCAGACAUGCCCCCGGAGCAUUUGCGCGAUAAGAAAUACACCAACGACAAGCGGAGCUACCUCGGCGCCCUGAAAUUCAUGCCGCACGCUUUGCUGGAGAAUAUGCCCAUGCCUUGGGAGUCUGUGCGGGAGGUGAAAGUCCUCUACCACGUCAACGGUUGUUUGACUCUUGUCAAUGAGACACCGCGAGUCAUUCCGCCGGCCCAGUGGGCCACAAUGUGGCUGACCAUGGCCAAGGAGAAGAGCGAUCGGAGACUUUUCAAGCGAAUGCGUUUCCCGCCGUUCGACGACGAGGAGCCGCCCUUGUCGUGGUCCGAAAACUUGGAGGAUAUGGAGCUCGACGAGGAAGAGGACGCGGCCAUAUACGAUUGGUUCUACGAUCACAGACCUCUGCUCGAUACAGAGCAUUCAUGGAACUUGACUUUACCCCAGAUGGCUGCCUUGUACCGGUUAAGCCGACCGCUUCUGACGGAUAUUGCACUCAACGUUGCCCUGCCUGGAGGACCGCGCUUCGAACCAUUGUUCAAAGACAUUGAUCCGAAUAACGAAGACUUCGGCGAGUUCAACGCCAUCGAUCGUAUCAUAUUUCGGUCCCCUAUACGUACAGAGUCACGAGUCGCCUACCCGUAUCUGUACAACUCACUUCCUCGGAGCCUUGUCAUCAACCCGAUUUCUUCACGCAUUGUUGCCUCCAAAAAUUCCACAAUCAGCCACGAAGAUGAGCUCUUUGGCGAAGGCAAGGAUGAUUGCUUCAAGCUACCAGCGGGGGUUUCGCCAUUCCUCGCUGAUGAGGACCUCUCUAACGAGGACACUGCUGCGGCCAUCGCAUUAUGGUGGGCUGUUUUCCCCUUCGAUCGGCGCUCCGGCUCCAUGGUGCGGGCGCAAGACGUGCCACUUUUUUACCUACAACACUGCCCGCCCAAACAGCCGAUCAAGAAACUGCUCAAGUCCUACGUCCUCAACGAGCUGCACAAGAAGAAGCCAAAAGCCACCAACCGUCAAAACCUGCUCCGCACUCUCAAACAGACCAAGUUUUUCCAGCAGACGACCAUCGACUGGGUCGAGGCAGGUCUUCAGCCUUCUCGUUUUGGUAACGCAUUUCACCUGAUGCGUGAAAUCUUGCGACUGACGAAGCUCAUUGUCGACUCGCAAGUUCAAUACCGCCUGGGAAACAUCGACGCUUUCCAGCUGGCUGAUGGCAUCCUUUAUGCUUUCAACCACUUGACUGGCAUGUACAGGUACAAGUACAAGCUCAUGCACCAGAUCAGGUCGUGCAAAGAUCUGAAGCACUUGAUCUACUACCGGUUUAAUACUGGCCCUGGAUGUGGCUUCUGGGCUCCCGCGUGGCGUGUCUGGCUGUUUUUUAUGCGUGGCAUCAUUCCGCUUCUGGAAAGAUGGCUUGGGAACUUGUUGUCUCGCCAGUUCGAAGGACGACACAGCAAGGGUGUCGCCAAAACACGUGUGGAGUCGCAUUUUGAUCUCGAGCUGCGUGCCUCGGGCAUCAAACAGAACAAACAUUUGUCUGAAGCCUGGAGUAACAUCCCCUGGAAGGUUCCAGGUCUUCCGGCUCCCAUUGAAAACAUCAUCCUGCGCUAUGCUGACUGGUGGAUUUCUGUGGCACACUACAACCGGGAACGGAUCCGGCGUGGCGCUACUGUGGACAAGACCGUGGCCAAGAAGAACGCUGAACAAGAGCGACAACACAACUACAUGAAGGAUGGUCCGUAUGAGGCGGUCGCUAUCUACACCACCACACACGACACAAAGAUUCUCAUUCUCGCCUUGGAGCGUUUGAGGGAGGCAUACUCCAGCCAAAGGGAAGAGCUUGCCUUGAUCGAGCAGGCUCCUGGGACGACUUUGGAGAGAAUCAAGCGUUUCUUGCUUACGCAACGAGCUUUCAAGGAACCGAUCGAGAAGAUCAGCGAUGCGUAUCUUGACCAGUACUUGUGGUAUCAGGCAGAUCAGCGACACUUGUUUCCUGCCUGGAUCAAACCAUCCGACUCGGAAGUUCCUCCACUUCUCUGGGCCCAAGGGAUAAACAAUCUCGACAAAACUGCUGACGGCGAGUGCAACGUCAUGAUUGAAACGGAACUGUCCAAAAAGAUCGAUCUCACCCUUCUCAACCGACUUCUGAGGCUGAUCAUGGACCACAAUCUGGCGGACUACAUCAGCUCCAAGAACAACGACAUGAAUCAUGUCAACAGCUAUGGCAUGAUCCGCGGCCUGCAGUUCUCUGGAUUUGUCUUCCAAUACUACGGUCUCGUCCUCGAUCUUCUCUUAUUGGGUCUCAAUCGCGCCAGCGAGAUUGCUGGUCCACCGAAUAGCCCCAAUGAUUUCUUGCAAGAGACAGAGACCAAGCAUCCGAUCCGCCUAUACACGCGAUAUAUCGACAAGAUCUGGGAAUCUCGCGACUUGAUCCAACGCUUUCUGACCGAGCAGCCUGAUCCCAACUUUGAGAAUACAAAGAAAUGCUGGCCUCGAGAUUCUCGGAUGCGCUUGAUGCGCCACGAUGUCAAUCUGGGCCGUGCCAAUCGGCUGCCUCGCUCUGUGACAACUAUCGAAUGGGAUGAUACAUUUGCCAGUGUCUAUAGCAGGGACAACCCAAAUCUGCUCUUCUCCAUGUCGGGCUUUGAGAUCCGUAAUCAGAACGAUGAAUUCCCGGUCAAGGACAGCGUGUGGUCCCUGCGAACAGCUCAUGCCUUCUUGCAGAAGUUCAACAAUCGGAUUCGGCAGAUCCUCAUGUCUUCUGGGUCGACAACGUUCACCAAGAUAGCCAACAAGUGGAACACAGCACUGAUCGCCCUGUUUACAUACUAUCGCGAGGCUGCGGUGUCGACGGUCAACCUCUUGGACACUAUUACCAAAAUCCAGACCCGGAUGCCCUCUCGUUUCCCUCCAGCUGUCUUCUAUACGCCCAAAGAACUUGGUGCGAGUGACAAGAGGUGGUCUUCUCAGACCGAUGUUGGAACUCUGAUUCCGAACAUCUUCCGCUACAUCAUCCCUUGGGAAGCCGAGUUUAUUGACUCGCAACGGUAUUCGCAAAAGCGAUUGGAAGCAAACCAGCAAAAUCGUCGCUUAACCCUCGAAGAUCUCGAGGAUAGCUGGGAUCGCGGAUUACCUCGCAUCAACACUCUCUUCCAGAAAGACCGCAGCACCUUGAGUUUCGACAAGGGCUUCCGCACAAGAAGCGACAAUCCAUUCUGGUGGACCAGCCAGCCGCUUGGAAACGCCACCGGUUUUCCCUCAUGGGAGGCAUGCCUCGCCUACGGAACAAAGCUUCUUCGAUAUGACGGCACCGAGGUUAAGGUGGAGGAUGUCCAAGAGGGCGAUGAGCUGCUUGGCCCGGAUGGUCAACCAAGGCGGGCCUUCAACCUUGUGAAGGGUAUCGGCGCUAGGAAAGAAGAACUCGUCGUCACUUCGAACCAUAUCCUGGUCCUUCACAAAGAGAAAGGAGCUGGUAACGUUUACGAUGGUUCAACCAUGGAAGACCAUCGUGGCAAUUUUCUUGGCGAACUCCCCGACCUGAGCUCAGAUCCUGCUGAUCCCAACCGUCCCACAAAUCUCAAAGCUAUUGCUUGGCUUCUUGCGGUCGAUCGUACACCCCGUGGAGCAGCCGCUAUCCGAAAUGUCCUCAAUAGAACCUGCUACAAGCUCAAGCUUGGUGGAAACAAGGCACCGUACAUGACCUUCGCCCAAGAAGCAGCUUUUGAGGAAGCGAAGAAAAAGAGCCGCGAACGUCAUGAGGCCGGCGAUGUCACAUUCUCAAAUCUGCGCCAACGCUUCCUCGACAAAUCAGCGAAUGGGAAAGGCGGUGAAGUUAAGCUUGACCAGAACUUGCCCAACGCGUUUCUACUUUGGAAUGCUCAUGGGCGAGAUCUGAAGAUCCGGGUUUACUGCGCUAUCAAGGCCACAAAGUUUGGGCGCCAAUUUGCCUUCGGGUCAUUGCCUGAGGAUGACGCUUUGCUGAACAACGAUACCGAAUCUCAGGGCGAUGAUUUGGCCGCUCUCCAAAUCGAGUAUGGUGAUGCUGCGGCUUCAGACCGGUAUGAUACUGUGGAGAUGACCGCGGAAGAGUUUGCAAAUCUACCUGCUGCUGAACGCGCCAAGCACCGCUUAUUCCGAUCACCUGGUUUUGAGCUUCCCGAACAGUCCGUCCCCGUGAACCCAUACUUCUUGGGGCUUUGGCUAGGAGAUGGCACACGAACUUACACAGACAUUGCCAACAACCAUGAGCUGGAAGUGCGAGAAUUUCUACAGAGACACGCAGCUGAGUUGGACCUUCACCUCGUGUACCAUGGUAACUUGUCCUAUGCCACUGUUGGUAGGACUGCCUUGGCUGAUCGGCCUCUUCCGCAAGCUCACAUCGCGCUACCUGAUCGUCCUGAUGGGCCAAGAGUAGCUCGCGCAACACUUAUCAAGAGACGGAUCCGGGAAGGCUGGACAUUCCAGGAAAGUCGGCAACCGGGAGAGGCUCGCGUUUGGGUAUCGCCUCAAAGUACAACAUCAAUCCUACCAGCAGAAGACAAUUCGCAGGCGAGAUCUCUUGGGGAGGACGUACCCGACUUAGUUGCUCCUGAUGUGGAUGACAAUCUCGCAUCGGGAGGAUCUGUGUCGAGCGAAGAUCCACUUGCAACUUCUCGGGACCUUCUUGAUCAACUUCAAGACAGUGAAGAUGAUCGGCCGCCCCCAAUUCAUUACGAUCCCGAGGUUAAUAGCUGGGAUCCUGGAGAUAUGGUAGCCGAGCGAAGACGUCUUCUAGAGGAGCAGGGCGAGAUCGAUAUCUGGGCUAAGGACCUGGAUGCUGGCCCGCCAGAGAUUGUGUGGGAUCCCGAGGAUGAUGAGCCUUUGGACGGCGACCAACUUUCUCAACAGUUUCGAACGCAGUCAUUGGACCAAGAUUCGCAACCUCAGGGCCAGUCUAUGCAGAGUUCGCCGCCAAGUCUCGAUCAGAAAUUUGAGUCUCAGCGGACAACAGCAUCUGAGUCUAUCCCUGAGGACAUUCUUCACCAACUUUCUCAAGACAGAGAUUUCACGGAUCAAGUUGGCUCUUCUCAGCCCAAUGAGAUCAUUGAAGCAGAUGUGGUUGAGGACGAGGACGAGCUUGGAAUUCCCGAGGACGAACUUCUCGACAUGCUCAGUACAACUGAGCACACUGAAGAUGUUGAUGUCGAGCUUGACGACGUGGAUAACAUCGCCAGUGGCACAACAACCCGCCAGCUUGAGGCAGGACAAUCAGCGUACGGUGAUCUCAGUGCUGAUGAGGAGGAUCAGCUCGCUGAGCAAUUUCCCACCAAGAAGCAGGGCCCCAAUACUCUCCUGAAUGCUCUUCGCAGCCUCAAUCCAGGGUUGACUGGCUAUGAGAACGACCACAAGCAUAUCCCUGCGCAGUACCUCAAAAACUCGCGAGCGGUCCGGCUUGCAGUACUUGCUGGGUUGAUCGACUCCGACGGGUGGUACGUUUAUCCCGAAAACAUGCUGGGCCCACACAAGAGAUUGUUUUGGGAUGUUGUGGCAUUGGCACGAUCACUCGGCUUCAGUGUCUGGACAUCACGCAGAUUGCGUUGGGUUCCGGCGAAAACCCACCAAAACUGGUAUCUUACCGCGCAAAUUUUCGGCGAUAUUGCUCAAAUCCCUUGCUUGUUGACCCGGAAGAAGCCCGUGGAAAGUUUCAUGAUCAAAGAUAUAUCUCUUGAUCCAGAGUCUACUCCUUGGGCUGGUUUUCGAGUUGACCGAGAUCAACUGUAUUUGCUGCUACACAACUCUGGUUUCGAGGAGUCGAUGAAGUUCAAGAAAUUGACGAACGCGCAACGAUCUGGUCUCAAUCAAAUCCCUAAUCGUCGUUUCACGCUCUGGUGGUCGCCCACGAUCAAUCGCGCCAACGUUUACGUCGGCUUCCAGGUUCAGCUGGAUCUGACUGGCAUUUUCCUUCACGGCAAGAUUCCGACUCUGAAGAUCUCGUUGAUCCAGAUCUUCCGGGCUCACUUGUGGCAGAAGAUUCACGAGUCCGUGGUGAUGGACUUUUGCCAGGUGUUUGAUCAGGAACUGGAAUCACUCGGCAUCGAGACUGUGCAGAAGGAGACCAUCCAUCCUCGCAAAUCUUACAAGAUGAACAGCUCUUGUGCCGACAUUCUCCUCUUUGCGAGCAACAAAUGGAACGUCACCCGGCCGUCAUUACUUUUUGACACAAAAGAUAGCCUCGAGCCCACAACGACAAACAAGUUCUGGGUCGACGUUCAGCUGCGCUAUGGUGAUUAUGAUUCUCACGACAUCGAGCGGUAUACCAGGGCAAAGUAUCUGGAUUACACCAAUGACAGCAUGAGCAUCUACCCAUCCGCAACGGGUCUGAUGGUAGGAAUCGACCUCGCCUACAAUCUCUAUUCCGCCUAUGGGCAGUACUUCCCCGGCUUGAAAGUCCUUGUGCAGCAAGCGAUGGCCAAGAUCAUGAAAGCAAAUCCAGCUCUUUAUGUCCUGCGUGAGCGCAUCAGGAAGGGCCUGCAACUGUAUGCCUCAGAGAGCAAUCAGGAGUUUCUCAACUCCCAGAAUUACUCGGAACUGUUCAGCAACCAAACCAAGCUUUUCAUAGACGACACCAACGUCUAUCGUGUUACCAUCCACAAGACAUUUGAGGGCAACCUGACGACCAAGCCGAUCAACGGUGCGAUCUUCAUCUUCAAUCCCCGUACCGGACAACUGUUCUUGAAAAUCAUCCACACGAGCGUUUGGGCUGGUCAAAAGCGUCUUGGGCAGUUGGCCAAAUGGAAGACGGCAGAAGAAGUAGCUGCGUUGAUCAGAUCGCUGCCGAUAGAGGAGCAGCCCAAAGAGCUGAUUGUCACUCGAAAGGGUCUGUUAGAUCCCCUCGAGGUACAUCUUUUGGACUUUCCCAACAUCUCUAUCCGUGCUUCUGAGCUUCAACUUCCUUUCCAGGCUGCUAUGAAGGUGGAGAAACUCGGUGACAUGAUUCUAAGGGCAACUGAACCGCAGAUGGUGCUGUUCAACCUCUACGAUGAAUGGCACAAGAGUGUCUCGUCGUACACGGCGUUCUCACGUCUCGUACUCAUUUUACGUGCGCUGCAUGUGAAUCCCGACAAGACAAAGCUCACACUGCGUCCUGACAAGACCGUCAUUACUCAGCAGCAUCACAUCUGGCCCACGCUUUCCGACGAGGACUGGAUCAAGGUGGAGACCCAACUGCGCGAUCUCAUAUUGCACGACUACGGCAAGAAGAACAACGUCAACGUCUCCAGUCUGACGAGCAGCGAAGUUCGAGAUAUCAUCUUGGGUAUGGAGAUCUCAGCGCCAUCACUCCAACGCCAGCAAGCCGCCGAGAUCGAGAAACAGCAACAGGAGCAGCAGCAGCUCACGGCAGUCACCACCAAGACCCAAAACGUGCACGGAGAGGAGAUUAUCGUAACGACGACUUCCCAAUUCGAGCAGCAAACCUUUGCAUCGAAGACGGAGUGGCGCACACGAGCGAUUGCCACGUCCAAUCUGCGCACCAGAUCGAACAACAUUUAUGUGUCCUCGGUCGACAACAACGUGGAGGAUGUUACCUACGUCAUGCCUAACAAUGUGCUCAAGAAGUUCAUCACCAUUGCCGAUCUCCGCGUCCAGGUUGCGGGCUAUCUCUAUGGCGUGUCCGCACCUGACAAUAAGCAGAUCAAGGAGAUCCGAUGCGUUGUUAUGAUCCCUCAAAUCGGUGGACUACGGAACGUGCAGCUUCCACAUCAGCUUCCGCAGCACGAGUACCUCAAGGAGAUGGAGCCGCUCGGCGUGAUCCACACGAUGGCUGGGAACGAGCUCCCUUACAUGUCUGCCUCGGACGUGACGGAACAUGCGCGGCUACUUGACGCUCACCCAGAAUUGGACAAGGAGGAGUCCAUCACGGUCGAUGUAGCAUUUACACCUGGCUCGGUAUCACUAUCUGCAUGGGCACUGACACCGAAUGGCUAUCGCUGGGGCGCGGAGAAUAAGGACACGGGCAGCGAUCAACCGCAGGGUUUCACGACGAGCAUGGGAAUCAAGCGCAAGCUUCUGCUCAGCCCCCGAUACAAGGGAUUCUUCCUGGUCCCAGAGAAUGGGAAGUGGAACUACAGUUUCAUGGGCAGCAGCUUUGCAGGCAUCGAGAAGAAGCCGUUGCACGUCAAACUGGAUACACCGUUGCCGUUCUACAGCGACCAGCACCGACCCUUGCACUUCCAAAACUUUGCCGAACUGGAGGAUGUGGGCGUUGACCGCGACGACAGCUUUGCGUAGACCAGAUAAUCGGACUCUGGCCGCCGAACGCCUUGGUCAAGCUAAGUGCACUUGAAGACUUCCUCGCCGAGAAUGGUACGCAACAGGCAACCCCGUGUGCGGGGUGAGCAGGGGAACUGCUUGAC